CCCUGCGGAUUUGUCAUCUAGAGGAGUAAACAUAAACGACUAACAAAAAAGUUACUUGUGGUGGACUGGGCCUGAUUUCAUCAAACAAGAGGAAUCCCAAUGGCCAACCAAGGAAUUUAAAGAAAUCAAAGACAAAUUACUUCUAGAAGUAAAGAACACUUUUACUUUGAUGGCUAUUAAAUCCGAAGAAAAUGGCGAUGACAGGCGAUUGGAACCAACCCGCUACUCUAGUUGGAGAAGGUUAACACGAGUUUUAGCCUGGGUACGAAGGUUCCAACAUAACUGUUUUAAAAAAUGUUUAUCAUCAGGAACACUCUCAACGGAAGAAAUUAACGAUGCAGAAACAGAAUUAAUUAUAAAUGCUCAAAAGAAAACAUUCGCGGAAGAGUACAAUCAAUUAAUAAAUAAUAAAGGAAUUUCAAAAACUAGUUGCUUAUUAAAAUUAUCGCCACGAAUAGAUAAAAAUAAAAUGUUAAGAUGCAACAGUCGAUUAAAAAAUGCUGAGUUUCUCUCAUUCGAUACAAGAUACCUAAUUAUUUUGCCAAGAUAUAACCACAUAACCAAGUUGAUCGUAAAAGAUUGUCACGAAGCAGGACAGCAUAUAUGUGGUGUAAACCAUAACUUGGCGGAGUUGUCUACAAAGUAUUGGGUAGUAUCUGGAAGAGAAGAGAUAAAAAAAUGGGAAGCAGAGUGUGCAGAAUGCAAGCGAAGAAAAGCAAAGUUAGCAACGCAGAUUAUGGCACCAUUACCAACAAAACGUUUGCAGUUUAGUAUGAAGGCCUUUGAAAGGUGUGCUGUUAAUUAUGGUGGUCCGUUCAUAACCAUUCAAGGAAGAGGGAAAAAACGGGCAAAACGUUAUUUAGCCUUGUUUACUUGUUUGUCUUCACGAGCAGUUCACCUAGAAGUUGCGUUUGCGUUGGACGCCGAAUCAUUUCUAAAUGCAUUUUUUAGGAUGAGCAGUCGAAGAGGAACGCCAAAAGAAAUGAUAUCUGACAAUGGAGGCAACUUUGUAUAAGCAAACAAAGAGCUGCGAAGUUUCACUGAUGGCGAAAAGAAAAGAAUAAAGGAGGCAACAAGCCAUAUUGGUAUAAAAUGGCAUUUUAAUCCACCUGCAGCCCCUCAUUUCGGAGGAGUUCAUGAGAUCAUGAUAAAAGCCGCAAAGCGAGCAAUUUAUUCCCAACUGGGAAAUGCGGAUAUUACUGACGAAGAACUUAUUACAGCGUUUCCUGGGGCAGAAGGACUUAUAAAUUCCCGACCAUUGACUUAUCAAUCGAGUGAUCCUAAAGACUGCACACCACUUACACCAAAUCAUUUUUUAUUUGGACAGUUAGGUGGUAAGUUCGCCGCUGAUGCAGUGGAUACUACUUCAUUCAAACCGAAAAGAAGAUGGCGACGAGUCCAAGAAUUAAUAAAACUUUUUUGGCAUCGCUGGAUGAAAGAAUGGUUACCCAUGCUUGGACCACAAAAAAAAUGGAAUAUCGUAAUGGGAGACUUAUCGAUAGGUGACCUGGUAUUGGUGCUCUCCGAAAAUACUUCAAGAGGCAAUUGGCCACUUGGUCGGGUAACUGAGGUUUUCCCUGGAAACGACGGGUUAGUACGUGUCGCUAAUGUUCAAGUUGGGAAGGUUAUCUUGGAACGUCCGAUAACCAAGUUGUGCCCUCUCGAGCCGAAUGAACCAGAAGAUGUUGACCAUUUGGUCAAAAGGGAGGAGUAUGUUCACGAGGCGAUUAGUGUAAAUAAUAGUUUAAUGUAAAUAAUAUAGUUGUAUUAUAAACGUC